AUGAGAAGAUUUGAGGCUUGUGAGAUGAGUCGAAGAAACAGUGGAAAUGGGCAUCAUUGGGAGUGGCUAGACACACCGACCUGUGCUAGAGGAAAAGAACUAAUUCCUGGGUUGCUAAGAAGAAUGAGAGCAAUGGAAAAGGACCUAAAGUUAAUAGAAGAACAGAAGAAAGAAGUGGAAGACAAGCUGAAAAUUGUGGAGAGAGAAAAGAAGGAAUUAGAGUACAAAGUUGGAGAAUUAGGCAAGCAGAAAAGACUAUUGGAAGAGAAAAGAAUAGGCCAACGACCAAGAGAGAAUCAAAUUUGGGGGUUCGAGUUUGGUGGACAUAUUGGUGUUGGUGUAUUCAAUUUGUUGAUGAGAGGGCAUGAGUGGAUAAUUGUGAUAUGA